GACGUCACAUCCGACUACUUGUACUUCUCUCUACGCUGUACAGAACACUGUUUAUACCAGUUAGUGGUCACCACGAGCACAAAUCGGGCAGAUACCACAGAUCGGGUAGCGACAAUGCCAUAGAUGUGAGUAGGCGGACAGCGGUCUGCAGCUGUCUCCACUUGAUACACGUGAGCCCCACCGAUCUUGUGUAAUAACGCACUUCCGUGCAGCCAGUCAGAGGUGAUGAUUGUCGCUAUUCGUGCGUUGUUUUUCCUGACAUGGCGACUUCCAUUGUUUACUGUGCAGUUAGCAACAUCCCAGCGAAGUUCAGAUCUGUAGAUUUGAGAAAUUUUUUUAGCCAGCUUAUUGAAGGGGGGUCAUUCAUAUGUUUCCAUUACCGACACCGACCGGAGGAACUCCGGGACCCAGCUGCGGAUGAGUUCGACGCAGAGUCAGCGUCUUUACCGAAUGCAAAAAGGGACGAAUCGGAGGAGACGUCGGCUGUUACACGGGACCGAAUCACGGCGACGCGAAAAAAUACCUGCUGCUGUGUGGUGGCACUAGAAGCCAAGCAUGCCGAGCGGUUCAUUAAGAUGUAUGCGGGGACCCAGUGGGUUGAUUCGAAAGGAGACUGGCUGGCCAGCCGCUGUGUAAUCAAAAGGAUCAGGGUUUCGGAGAAUCCAGACUGCAACACUUUUAUCUAUAAAACCAAAAAGGAGAUUCAUGCAAGUGUAUCCCUGAACAGGAAGUUCACUGAGAGCGAUCUAAAAAGACUACCAGAACUCAACCCACCUGCUUUGAUGCCGAAUGGCAAUGUAGGAACUCCAGGUAAAGUGUUCUUGGAGCUUAUACAGGCCUGCAGAUUGCCUCCAAGCAUCAUAAAAAAACUCGGAUUGAAGUUCCACAAGACGGGGUCAAACAGGAGAUACGGCAAUGUUCCAUUUGAGUACCAAAACACAGAGACCGUUGAACUGGAAGAAACCGUCUACACAGCCAGUGGAGUCGAAAUUUCAGAAAUGAACAAAGAGUGGACACAGCAAACUCCUCCGGGGUCCACAGGCUCUCCAAAGAGAGAAGCAUCGGCAGGCAGUAAACACAAAUCGGAAUCCUCAGAUGAUGAUGAUGACACUUGUGAGGAGUGGGAGCGUCACGAGGCCCUUUAUGAAGACGUGACAACCCAGGAACGAACAAAAGAAAGGUUGUUUGAGGAGGAAAUUGAACUGCAGUGGGAGAAAGGUGGCUCUGGACUGGUUUUCUAUACAGAUGCGCAGUAUUGGCAAGAGGAGAAUGGCGAUUUUGAUGAGGAGACGGCAGAUGACUGGGACGUGGAUAUGAGUGUUUACUAUGACAAAGAUGGUGGUGACAAGGAUGCCAGAGAUUACGUACGAAUGAGAUAUGAAAAAAGAUUGAGAGAUGGGGAAGAGACAGGAUCUCUGCAAAGUCUAGGGAUUGGAAGCUUUGAGAAAUAUACAAAGGGGAUUGGAAGGAGGCUGAUGGAGAAGCAGGGCUGGAAAGAGGGCUGUGGACUGGGUCACAGCCAGCCUGGCAUAACGGAGGCUCUUGAAAAUGAUGGGCAGCAUCCCAGGUGUAAGAGGGGGUUAGGAUAUCAUGGAGAGAAGCUUAACACCUUUGUAAAAACAAAAAAAAGGCCUUGUGAUUCUGGUGUUCGAAUUUCAACUAUUUACGAUGAGCCAGAAGACGGUGACAAAGGUGAUUUAUUACUUCGGCGUCAGCCUACAACCAGUAUGAAGUAUCGGCAAAACUGGGUGCCUACAUGUAAGAGUAGCAGCUCUAAACAGAAUUAGAUGGGACUUUGUGGAAUGAUUCUUUAGUGCAUUUUUAUUUAUAUUAACAACAUACAGUAUGCCAUCCAUUUUUAUAUGUUAUUUAAAUAUUUUGAGAGCAUAUGUAUUAUUGUGACCGCGGGAGAGCAAAA